GUGCGAAACUUCAGUUCUCCACGAAAAAUCGAAUGUGAUAGAUCAGCGUAUUUGUGAAUUUGUGCAAGUGUUCUACAAUCAGUGCUGUUAACGUGGCCGUGGACAACAUUUUCGGAAUAAGAAGCCUUCAUUCAUCGUUUUCAUUCAUUGGGAUCAAUAAUAGCAGCAAGAUGCGGUGGAGCUUACUAGCGCUCGCGUGCGUGGUCGCGGCCGUGGUCGCCGACGACAAGAAGGAAAAGGACAAGGACAUCGGCACCGUCAUCGGUAUCGACUUGGGAACCACCUACUCCUGUGUGGGUGUAUACAAGAAUGGACGUGUUGAGAUCAUUGCCAACGACCAGGGUAACCGUAUCACUCCCUCAUACGUAGCCUUUACUGCUGAUGGUGAGCGUCUCAUUGGUGAUGCUGCCAAGAACCAGCUUACUACAAACCCUGAGAACACCGUCUUCGACGCCAAGCGUCUUAUUGGGCGCGAAUGGACCGACUCCACUGUCCAACAUGAUGUGAAAUUCUUCCCCUUCAAAGUUGUUGAGAAAAACAGCAAACCUCAUGUCUCAGUCAUGACAGCUCAGGGUGACAAGAUCUUUGCUCCUGAGGAAAUUUCCGCCAUGGUGUUGACUAAAAUGAAGGAAACCGCCGAAGCUUACUUGGGUAAGAAGGUCACUCACGCCGUCGUCACCGUCCCAGCUUACUUCAACGACGCUCAGCGUCAAGCCACCAAGGAUGCCGGUGUUAUCGCCGGUCUCAACGUCAUGAGAAUCAUCAACGAGCCCACCGCCGCCGCCAUCGCGUACGGUCUGGACAAGAAAGAGGGAGAAAAGAACGUGCUCGUCUUUGACUUGGGUGGUGGUACUUUCGACGUGUCUCUGCUCACAAUCGACAACGGUGUCUUCGAAGUAGUGGCUACCAAUGGUGACACCCACUUGGGAGGUGAGGACUUCGACCAGAGAGUGAUGGAGCACUUCAUCAAGCUGUACAAGAAGAAGAAGGGCAAGGACAUCAGGAAAGACAACCGCGCCGUCCAGAAACUGCGUCGUGAGGUCGAGAAGGCUAAGAGGGCUCUGUCUUCCAGCCACCAGGUUAAGAUCGAAAUUGAAUCCUUCUUCGAAGGUGAAGACUUCUCCGAGACCCUCACCAGGGCUAAGUUCGAAGAAUUGAACAUGGACCUCUUCAGAUCUACCCUCAAGCCCGUGCAGAAGGUACUCGAGGACGCCGACAUGAACAAGAAGGACGUCGACGAAAUCGUACUCGUCGGUGGUUCGACCCGUAUCCCCAAGGUUCAGCAGCUGGUCAAGGAAUUCUUCAACGGAAAGGAGCCAUCCCGAGGCAUCAACCCCGACGAGGCCGUCGCAUACGGUGCCGCCGUGCAGGCUGGAGUGCUCAGCGGUGAACAGGACACUGACGCCAUUGUACUUCUCGACGUCAACCCUCUUACCAUGGGUAUCGAAACUGUCGGAGGCGUCAUGACCAAGCUCAUCCCCCGUAACACCGUCAUUCCCACCAAGAAGUCUCAGAUCUUCUCUACCGCCAGCGACAACCAGCACACCGUCACCAUCCAAGUCUACGAAGGUGAACGUCCCAUGACCAAGGACAACCACUUGUUGGGCAAAUUCGAUCUGACUGGCAUCCCCCCAGCGCCGCGAGGCAUUCCUCAAAUCGAAGUCACCUUCGAAAUCGACGCCAACGGUAUUCUCCAGGUAUCUGCUGAGGACAAGGGCACAGGAAACAGGGAAAAGAUUGUCAUCACCAAUGACCAAAACAGAUUAACCCCCGAAGACAUCGAAAGGAUGAUCAAGGAUGCUGAGAAGUUCGCCAACGACGACAAGAAACUAAAGGAGCGCGUCGAGUCCAGAAACGAACUUGAGAGCUAUGCUUAUUCCAUCAAGAACCAGCUUCAAGAUAAGGAGAAGCUGGGUGCUAAGGUCAGUGACGACGACAAGACCAAGAUGGAGGAGGCCAUCGACGCCGCCAUCAAAUGGUUGGAAGACAACCAAGACGCCGAGGCGGAAGAUUACAAGAAACAAAAGAAAGCGGUGGAAGACGUCGUUCAGCCCAUCAUUGCCAAACUGUACCAAGGCCAAGGCGGCGUCCCACCCCCGGGCGCGGGAGACGACGAUUCGGACUUCAAAGACGAGCUGUAAUUGUAACCAAACUAUAACUGAGACUGUAAAAAUCGCGUGAUUGAAGCAAAAUGUGAUCUCCUAGGUCACUACAGACCACGCACAGAGCGAGAGCUCGCUGUGUGCAUGGCCUGUAACCGAGCGUGAAUACGGAGUGUUUUAGCUCGAGUUGUGUAUAUUUAUUGUGUGCGAGCGAGGGGUGUGCGGCGGCCGCUGCGCACUGGCGUGUCUGUGAGAACGUUACUAUUUGUAUAAAUUAAUGCAUUUUUUAAUUUUAGUUGAAGCAAUAGUUUCGCGUGUGAAUUGCGAGGGCCUGUUUCCAUGACUGUUUGCAAAUCGAUUUUUUGUCUUCCUUGUCACUGGUUUGAUUUAGAGACAUGAAUCGAUAUAGUCUCAAUUCACUCUGGAGGCUACCUCAGUGUUCUUUAUUGUAUGUAUGUAUGUUAUGAGACUGCAGAAGUUAGUUUUUAAUUAGCAAACUAAUUAAUAAUUAUUAUGUAGUUAUUUAAUAAUUUCAAUGGAAGUACGAAGGAGUACAUAAAUAAAAAAACAAUUUUAUAAUUAA